AUAGAAGAAAUGCUACAGAAUUAUUCACAACCCUGGGUUAAAGACGAAGAAAAGCUCCAAGAAAUCAGGACAGGGCUUAAGGCCACCUGCAAUGGUUUGGAGAACGCCAUCAUAACCCAGAAAAACAGCCCAAUGAGAACGAAGAUUGUCUAUGAUGGGGACAGGGGGCAUAAGCUCACAGUGAACUCACAACAUUUUGCAACAUUUGUCAAAACGCGUCAGAUCUUGGAUAAAACGUUGGAUUCAUGUGCUGUUGUUGGGAACGGAGGAAUCCUGGCAAACAGCAGGUGUGGAAAUGAGAUUGAUUCAGCUGAAUUUGUGAUCAGGUGUAACCUGGCUCCUUUGUUAAACGGAUAUGAGGAACAUGUUGGGGUGAAAACAGACAUUGUGACUGCAAACCCGAGCAUUUUAUCUAAAAGGUACGGCUCGCUUUCAGGCAGUCGACGCAGGUUUGUAGAGAGCCUUUGCCAAUAUGGGGACGCCAUGCUGCUGCUUCCUGCAUUCUCCUACGUCGUAAACACAGCAUUGUCUUUCCGGGCUCUGUACACCAUUGAGGACUUUGAAAUGCCCAUCCAGUCUGCCUUCAUGAACCCAAACUACUUUCGGAGUCUGACUGCUUUUUGGGGCUCUCACGGAUUGUUGGAAAAACGCCACAGCACAGGCCUGAUGAUGGUCAGUCUGGCGCUGGAGCUGUGUGACAACGUGGAUCUGUAUGGAUUCUGGCCCUUCGGUCUCCAYCCASAMARCUUCAAARAMCUGACUCACCAUUAUUAUGACAACAWUSAAGCUAAGAAAUCUGUACAUGUUAUGUCGGAAGAGUUCAAAUUUUUGUUGCAGUUGCAYAACCAAGGUGUGCUGAAGCUACACCUGGGGGAGUGUGAACCAGAGGAAUAGGUUAGUUAGACAACCCUCAUGUAAAUGUUUACAAAAUAUUUGUUAC